CUAAGCGACUUCCUCUCCGGGCUUGUCUGGGUCAUCUUGUCUGCCCGGUCACUGGCCCUUCUCUCUCUCUGGCCCCAUCUUUCUCUCGCUCUCUCUCUCAGCAGCUGUCUCUCACGCACCCGUUGGCCUAUCUCUUCUUCAACGCAAUCGCCUCCUCUGCCUGCCUGGGUGGCCGCCAUGGGCCGGAAGCGGCUCAUCACUGACUCCUAUCCAGUUGUGAAGAACAGGGAGGGACCUGCUGGGCACAAGGAGGCGCUGGCAUCAGAACUAGGGGAGGAGCCCCCGCCCCCCAGCGAGGAGGAAGUGGCCCUGGAGCUGCUGCGGCAGUUUGACCUGGCCUGGCAGUACGGGCCUUGCACAGGGAUCACACGGCUGCAGCGGUGGCAUCGGGCAGAGCAAUUGGGCUUGGAGCCUCCCCCAGAGGUGCGCCAAGUGCUGAAGGCCCACCCUGAAGACCCUCGCUUCCAGUGCAGGUCAGGACAGCCUCUGGUACCUCUAUCCCCUUUGAGGCACUGCCCAGGCCAUCCUGCCCUUGAUAGUCCUGCUAGCCACGGAGAACUCUGGAACAUCCUGGAGAUACAAUGGCUGCUCAUCUCAUCUCCGCCUUGAUCUGGAGGAACAUCUGGCAGGCUGAAUAGGGAGGUCCCUAUGGCAUACCCCCUUCAGCUUACAGCAGGCUCUAGCUAAAGAUCUCCUCUUAGGUGGAAUGUAGUCUCUAGGACAAGGACCUGGGCGUGAUCCUUUUGUUCGCUGCCAUAUCCUCUCUGGCCUGUGGUGUGGCAAAUCCACCAUUGCCUGGCACAGAGCCAGACAUAGGCAAAUGACCUACGAGGUGAAGAUACACCCCCACCUCAGGAUGGGCAUCUGAAGGCAAGGCUGGCUGAGAUCACAGAGCAAGUGGUUCACUAAUGCUUCUAAUAAAGAACACUGAGCCUGGAA